CCCAGGCUCGAGGGGAUGCCCAAAAGGGACCCCAGGCUCGAGGGGAUGUCCAUUAGGGAUCCCAGGCUCCUCAGGCGAGAAAACCUCAUGCCGUACCGGCCCCAGCUUCUGUCAUUGAGCCCUCCGCGAGAGCAGCGCCAGUCAGAGCGUCCUCAAGAGCGCCAUCUCACGCCGCCCAGGGAACCGGGUGUGAAGAGGGGUCUCUUGAAGACUCCCCCGCACUCCAUGAGGCUGCAACACCCUAGUUACGGUGGUGGGGCAGGCGUGUCUCAGAACUUUAAAGAGGAGCGCACUCCUAAGAAGGGCCUCCUGAAGACGCCCCCGGACCACAUGCGGUUGUUACCCCCUCUCAAACAUGAUAGUGACGGCCCGAGUGACCCUGACGACGACCCGCCCCCGAAGAAGACACGUACCCUUGACAUGAAGUCAACCAUCAAAUUUUCCCCCGAAGAAAAUGAGAGAGAAACCGAUAACAGCUCGGAAGAUGAACAUGCCCACAAUACCGCAGGGCAUAAGAAACGCAUGCUUCCUCCGGCCACCAGCGUGACUAAAUACGAGGCUCGGUCUCCUCUAGAUCAGCAGGACGAGGAGCCGAGGAAAACCUACGACUCAGCCAAGAUGUCAGCAAGUUCCUCACGAGACCGAUUACUUUCCACCAUUUGUAGUUGGAACCCAAAAUGGAUCUUGAUCCCAGAAAAAUCAAAGAAUUUUCCUGAUUUGUUGAAUAAUGAAGAGAAAUACAUGUCAAAAAAAGAUUUGGUACAAUUUUCUUCUAGUCAUGCAUACUGCAAACAUUUUCAAGAUGGAUUAUUCCUUGACUUGUGGAGUAAUUUAUGUAAAAUUGUUUUACAAGCAAGAAAAAAAGGGCGAGUCUUAAUUACUGCUGAAGUUGAAGGGGAACCUCAAGAACUACCAUUGCUAGGUAACAUUAAAAGAAGGACAAUCAUCUGUCACUGUGGCACUGCUAACAAUGAUGAAAACAAAAUUUUCAAAAAAAAUGAUGUAGUUAUUGUUCAUUCUGGCAAGUACCUGUAUUUUGCUUAUGUGGUGGCAGAGCCAAAGACAAAGUGCAUAUCAGACAAAGUAGAGCUUCCUAAUUAUUUGCGUAAAGAUCGUCAUGGCAAAACAUUCACCCAUAAAUGCACCUUUCCACUUAUGGUUGUUGUGCCAAUUGAUAAUUCUGUUGAUCCAGGAAAAUUGAUUUAUAUUGAGAAAGUUAAAAAUAUUAGUGAUGAUUUGGAGACAAUGAAAAGUUUGGAAACUUUUUCAACUUUAAGCUCAUUGAGCACUCUUGUAAUGCAGCCAAUAUAUUAUCCUUCCAUGAAGACAGUGGUCGCAAAAUAUGAAGCAUUAUUGGAUAGAGAGCUUAGGCCUUCUCUUUUGUCAUUAAUACAAGACAUUAAAGGUAAUGAAGCCCCGUCAAUAAAUGUAAUUGAGGGUGGUCCUGGAACUGGAAAAAGCCAUCUGGCUGCAGUACUUGCAAAAGAGUUGUCAAGCCCAGAGAAUUAUGUAAUUCUUACAUCAAAGUCCAUCCAUGAGCUGAAUACGUUAGCCAAGCUACUUUGCGGCAGCAAGCUCAAAGUAGAAGAUAGUAAAGAAAAUAAUGCUGUUGAUGCUGUAUGGUGUGGUAGUAAACGAAGUAGGGCAGAGUGGGACAGUCUUGAGAAAAUUAGUUUUGAUACAUUAGUAAAGAAAAGUGACUCUAAAACCGAUAACACUAUUUACCGUUUAAAUGAGAAAAAAGAAAUUCUCAAGAAAGCAAUUCACAAAGAAGAGAUUGCUAUAUGUAAACUAAUUGCUUGUGGCAAAAGUGCCGAAGCUGCUUCUCUAAAGACUUCAUGCGCUAAAAAGAAAAUGGAUCUUUCUUUGAAAGAAUCUGAAAUAGAAGAAGCAAGUAAACCAGUUUUGAAAAAAUCUCCCAAUCCAUCUGAAAUUCUUCAAAAGUGUAAUAUUAUUCUGACAACGUUCAGCCCACCCCUUUACUGCCUAGAGGCAUUUAAAAACAUGCAAAGACAAUGUAGGCGUGUGGUGCUGAUUGUUGAUAAUGCUUCGGAAGUAGUGGAACCUAUUAUUAUAAGAUUAAUACGUGCCUUUAAUGUGAGCGAUCUGGUGCUCUUUGGUGAUACAAAGCAGCAUGUACCUUUUGUGCCAUCUGAGAGAGCUCGGAAUUCUGGUUUGGAUGUAUCCCUCAUGGAACGAUACUCAAGAGCAUUAAGGGAUACAGAAUUCCCUCCGAAAAGUAGGCUUUUGACAAGGCAAUUCAGGUUGCACCCUCACGUCAUGUCUCCAAUAAAUAAUCAUUUUUAUAAUAAUACAAUGAGCGAAAUCGAUCAGAAAAUAAGGACUCAUGCAUUCCAACCAUAUAUUUGGUUUCACUGUUCAUAUUUUUCUCAGGGCGAGGAAAGGUUUCGUCAAGAAGCAGAUUUUGCUGAAAAAUUGCUAAGUGUUGUAUGUAAGAUACCACCUUAUAGCUCCGAUGAUCAAAAGAUUAGAUCAUAUCAUGUACAAGUGACUUCCCUUUGCCCCAAUGUCUCCAAAAUCCUGAGCAGCAGUUCAAAAUCUCACCUCCCAUUUACUCCAUCUAAUCUCCUCAGCUCUUUAGAGUUUGAUGUCUUAAUAUUAUGCGUGGGAAGUGCAACAAGGGUGGCAGCUCAUAAAAUUAUUACUCCAUGGACACGGGCUAAAAGAUCUCUUUUUGUUUGUGGGAGUUUUGAUCAUCAGUCUGUCCGUGGACCUAUGACUCAUCUUUUAAGAAGGGCUCAAGAGAAAGGUUACUUGAAGGAGAUAACCAGUGCACAAAUAACAGAAGAAAAAUUAGAAGAAAAAAUUAAAAAAUAUUAGAUGAACGCCAAAGUGUGUUUGGUUUUUUGGGGCGCAUUAACCUUGUGAGAAUUGUUCACCAUUCUCACAAGCGUUGACUCAAUGCAAUCUUUUUAAGAGCAUCAACUUAUCUAGAAGUGCCAGAAUUAAAUUAGUUCUUCCCUACUCCCUGCCUUUUAUGUCUUUUAAAUUGUAUACUAACAUGUAUCUUUUCCCUUUAACUAAGUUGUAUUUUGGCACUCUAGAAAAUUAUCUUUUAUACAGAAAUAUGCAUAUGAAUUGGUAGUCAUUUCCUUUGCUCUGCUGAAACUGCCACUUAACUGUUUCGAGUCUGAGUACAAACUCCUUACAUCUUUUUUUUUUCUUUUUCUGUUCUCCAAAUCUAUUGUGUGGGGUGAGGAGCUUAAAAUGUUAGCUUUACUUGCUGCUUUUCCUGUUGUACUAUACCAAUUGUGUAAAUUGAGUACCAUGGAUUAGGCUAUUAACUGCACAGAAAUUUUGGAAAUUCUAUCAGUUCAUUGCAUGUGUAUAAUUCUUUUAGUUUAAUAUACCGGUAGUUUAGAUCUCAAGAACCCAGUUAAUUAAGUGCACUACUAAUAUACCAUGGAUUUUAACAUUUUAUUAUGUAUUUCAAUUGCCUGCAUUUUUUAAGUGUUAGAGUUGGUUCUUGAGGGUAGUUGUAUAUGAUUUUAGCAUCAUAAUAAUCCUAGUUUUAUUUUUUUAACCAAUACGAUUAUUAGGUUCCUGUUAAUUGCUAACACCUGAAUAAAUGUUUUAGUGUUUUAAUAUGAUGUUUGACAAAGGAAAUAAUUACUUAUGUUUAAAUGUCUGUCAAAUAUCAAUGUACAAAUCAAAUGCAUUUGUAGGUGUUGCAAUACUCAAAGUAAAAACUUGUACUUUGAAUAAAACACUGUGUUUAAUUCUAUGUAAUAUUCAUUCCUUGUGUUGAAGGAAACAAACAUAACUGAUAUGUUUCCAACAAAUACAUUUUGUGUUGUAAAUACAUUCUCUCAUUUCUUAAAUGUAAUAAAAACAAUGGUUGUAUAACAUUUAUUAAAUAACAUAGCUUAAGACUCUUA